AUCUUUUUCGAGUCAUUUCGCUCAUUUCAGCAGAAUAUAAUAAACAGUGUUUAUGUGUUAAUAGCCAGUUACCUCGACACAUCUACUUACACUUGAUUUCAUUUUAAUUAAUUAACUAAUUAAUUGGUUGAUUGUUUGGAGAGAGAGAGAGAGAGAGAGAGAGAUGGCCAGUAGAGGGCGCCAGUGAGUCAGUGUAAAAGUUGAACAGAAGCGGUGACCGUAACUAUGAACCUCAACAUGAAGUGAAGAUCACAUGAGACACAGGUUGAAGAGAGAACAGCGGGAAUCUCUCUACACACAAGAGAGAGAGAGAGAGAGAGAGAGAGAGAGAGAGAGAGAGAGAGAGAGAGAGAGAGACAGAGACAGACAGACAGACAGACAGAGACAGAGACAGAGAGACAUGGGAGACUCGGCACGAGACCGGCGUAUCUCUCCGGUAAAGAACUUCGUAGCCGGUGGAGUCGGGGGCGCGUGCCUUCUGUUCGCCGGACAUCCGCUCGAUACCAUCAAGGUUCACCUUCAGACGCAGCCCAAAGCCUCGUUCUCUCAGCAUGUGCUGUACACAGGAACACUCGACUGCUUCCGGAAAACUCUGUCCAGAGAGGGAGUGUGGGGGCUGUAUAAAGGGAUGGGAGCGCCGCUGGCCGGAGUGGCCCCGAUGAUGGCCAUCAGCUUCUUCGGAUUUGGACUGGGGAAGCAGCUGCUGCAGAACGACGCGUCCGUCCCAAUCACGGAGAUACUGACCACUCAGAGCCAGAAACAGCAGUGCUCCACACACACCUUCAUGGCUGGAAUGUUAGCCGGAGUUUUCACUACAGUCAUCGUAGCUCCAGGAGAGAGGAUCAAGUGUCUGCUGCAGGUGCAGUCCACCAGUGGGCAGCUGAAAUACACCGGGCCGAUGGACUGUGCAGUGAAACUGUAUAAACAGCAGGGAAUCCGGAGUGUGUAUAAGGGAACUGUCCUCACUCUUAUCAGAGAUAUUCCUUCUACUGGUUUUUACUUCUUAACAUACGAAAACCUCAAACACAUCCUCACUCCUGAGGGCCAGAGUGUGGAGAGUCUCAGCACUCCGAGAAUUCUUCUGGCUGGAGGUGUUGCUGGAAUUGUGAACUGGGUCGUCGCUCUUCCACCUGAUGUCCUCAAAUCCAACUUCCAGACAGCUGCAGAUGGACGUUACUCGGGGUUAAUGGAUGUUUUGCGGACGCUGCUGAGAGAAGAAGGAGCUCGAGCGCUGUAUAAAGGCCUGAGUGCUGUCAUGCUGAGAGCGUUUCCUGCUAACGCGGCGUGUUUUUUGGGCUUUGAAGUGGCUCUGAAGUGUUUAAACUGGCUCGCCCCGACCUGGUGACCGCUACAUGACCCCAGAGUCUGCAGGAAAUCCUACUUCACACAAACAUUAAACACACAACAAUCUGAAUGGAGUCUAACCUGAGCUGUGUUUUAACCUCAGCUUUAAUGUUUUAAAGGAAAAUUCCUCCCUAAACCUGGAACUGGGAAUUCAGCUCCGGCUGGAAGAGUUCAGAAUUAAUAAAUUAUUUUUUGUUUUUAUUUGUUAAUUUUUUUUCUCUUGUGUUGUUUGUACCACAAUCUACAGGAAAGUGUAAAUCUAAUGGAUAUCUGUACAGAUUACUGUAGCAUUGAGAACUUCAUACACACGUGUAAUAAUUUUGAUUUUUUCAGAUUGCAUUCCUAGCUCACGUCUCAUGUGAUGUCUCUGUCUACGUUUUAAUAAAUCACAAUAUUCAAAUUUGUCUUUUAAAAAGUUUAUAAAUAAGUUUAGUGAGUGAAUGAAAUAACAGCUUGCUCGUGAGAGCUGACUGACCGGCGCCACCUGCUGGUGUGAUGAUGUAACUUACCUACAGCAUGUGGUGACUCUCAUCCAGAGCAACAUCCAGAACCUCCAGACUAACUAAAAUAUAUUUACACUCCCAGUCAAAAGUUUGGACACACCUUCUAAUCCCAUGGUCUUUCCUGAUGUUUAUUUCUCUCUACAUUGUAAAACAAUGCUGAAGGCGGCCGAAAUCCACAAUAAUGUCCUUUGAACAGUUGAUAUUGAGAUAUGUCUGCUACUGAUGCUCUGUAAAGCCUUCAUAACGCCUCUAAUCUGAGGUGCUGUUAAUUGGUGAUUUCUGAGGCUGGUAAGUCUAAAUGAAGUUCUCCUCUGCAGCAGAGGUCAGUUUUGGUCUUGCUUUACUGGGAUGGUCUUCAUGUGAGACAGUUUCAUCAUGGGGCUUGAUGGGUUUUGCAAAUGCACUUGACAAUACUGUUCCUGCAAGAACUAUUCCAGAACACCUGACCUUCGUGUCUUAAAAUAACAACUGACUGGUUUUUGUUGUCAUUACAUAUGGAUUACUGAAGUCCAUGUGUGUUAUUUCAUAGUUUUGAAAUCUCCAGGAUUGUUCUAGAAUGUAGAAAAUAAAUCCCUAAACAAAAAACAUUGAAUUAAAAGGUGUGUCCAAACUUUUGACUGGUAGUGUGUGUAUAUAUAUAUGUAUAUGUAUAACUGGUGGGUCUUCAGCCACCGUAUGAAAACGGUCAUUGACUCUGUGCUUUGGACG